AUGGUCGCGCUCUCCGGCACGCACUCCAUCGGCCGCUCCCAGUGCUCCUCCUUCGCCGACCGCGUCCCGCCGCCCAGUGGCACCACCACCUCCGGCUCCGACAUGGACGCCGACCUCGUCGCGUCCCUGCGGCGGCAGUGCACGACGCCGAGCGACACGGUGGCGCAAGACGCCGUGACGCCCGACGCGCUGGACAACCAGUACUACAAGCAGGGGCGGAUCCAGCAUGGGGGCGGCGGGGUCUCGAAUUCGUCACUGGUCUACAAGAACGUGAUGAGCCAGCAUGUGCUGUUCAGAUCGGACGCGGCGCUGAUGACGGCGGCGGACACCAUGGGGCUCGUCCUCGCCAGCGCCUACUUCCCCGGGUGGUGGAACGCCAAGUUCGCGGAGGCGAAUUUCUCAAUACCUGUGAACUACAGACAUGAACUACUAACGGCGUUUUGCAAGGGUUGA